UGCUCCUAUGAAAUCCUGACACUGUUGGCCGGUUGAUAACGUAUCACUUGAUGACAUGUCUGUUGUCACUUCUGGAAUAGCACAGCUCUCAUGUCUCCUGCUUUCAGUUUCAGACGUCCAAUUCGGUGGACUGGGCUCCAGGGUCACGCUCGCAUGCGGAGGCGCUCGCGGCGGGUCUCCGGUGGAAUGGCGGUUCAAUGGGAGCUCAGUACCGCCGUGGCAAACACACAAGGGCUCGCUUACGCUGCUGAACACCACACACUCGAUGGAAGGCAACUACAGCUGCCAUGACGAACGAGGAACGUUACUGCAGUCCAUCAAACUACGUCUGGGCCAUCCGCCUCAUUUUGUCAGAGUUUCCUGCCGUGUGCCCAAUCAUAUGAAAAUCUACUGCUCGUGGAUACAAACUAAGACAACACACCUGCCCACGUUAUACAGAACAACCUACAGGUGCGCUCUCGUUUCUAUUUUUGAAUAAAAAAUAAAUAAUAUU